CAUGAUCUGGUACAACUGCUUGUAAACCUCAUGACUGCUACUCGACUUCUCAUCUAUCACUCAGACCAUAGAGAGCCCAGCAGACACCCUGGUGUGUCAUUCACAUUCUCAAAUCUUGUUUCGUUGAGAGCAGCAGCCGCAAAUUGUCAGAGACUUGGUUCUUGAUCAGCCGGCCGGGUGAGAGAGACAAACCCAAGAUGGUCCAUCCAACGUGUGUGUCCAUGGCGACCCUGCGGUCACAGCGGACUGGUGACACCGCUAAUAUGAAGGAUGUUACAAAUUCAUUAUCUAGUUGUCCAAGUAUUAAGUUAUUGUCCAGGCAUGACCAGGCAAUUAAGCCCACUGGCAAUGCCCAACUUAAGUACUUCCCAAAGGUUGCGGACUUUGGUGAUAUCAUUGCUUUUCUUUCCAGGCAGUCCUACCUGCCAGAACUGUCAAAGACUGGGACAAAGGACAUUGAGAUUAUUCCCAAAAAGACAAAGCCAGUGCCACUAGAGAGGCAGAAGAAAAGAAAGGAGGAUAAGGAGAAAGUCUGUGAGGAAAACAUUGAGACAAAGGUCAACUCACCAUGCACCAGAGUGACUAACAUUGACAACAGAGAUGCUGAAAAGAAUUUGGGAAAAGAGAGUGAAGAGGAGGUAAAGACAGUUGAACUGAAAACAAUUGACACCAAUACGACCGGAGUUACCCCUCCUCCUUUCAAAUUCACAGACCUUCUGGAUAUAACAAAGUCAAGAAGAAUCCAACGUUACCAGAACAGAACAAAGCCUACGGAAUCUCCUGACAAGAAUCGGGGACCGGUCGAAGGUCAAAACUCGCCACAAUACACCAGCAGGACCAAGCCCAUCAUGAUUGAGACGUCAUUCCUUGAUAACUCACCGUACAUCAUUCCGGAGAAGAAACCAGAGAAGGAGAAGCUUCCAUUUGAUGAUAACAAAGAUGGGCCUCUCAUCAUCCCACUGGAUUCGGAGAAGGCUAAACUCUUUGAGAGUCUCAACAGCUACACCCCUCAGGUGCCCUUCAUACCACCACCGCCCCUGUGGGGUAUGGUCAGCACCCAUCCCAGACAACCCAUGAUUGACCCACCCUCCUACAGCCCUCCAUCCAGUCCACCACCAUUCUACCAACCGCCCAGCCCGGAGUACACCAACCCACCGCCCCCUCUGGAGUUUGAUGAGAAUCGUUUCCGUAGCAACACACUCACCUAUCUUCAUGAGGUGAAAGACUACCUGACCAUGACCAAGAAAAGGAAUCAAGUCAAACAGAAAUUAUACCAUCUUCAGCUAGAAGCACCCAAGCCUAGAUUAAUUCCAUGUCAAUCAAUAGGGGUCUAUGGACCACCACAUUAUGGAGAUGAAUUCCAUGGAGCGAUCUCCCGAGAAGAGGCGGAUAGGUUGCUUACAAAUGGAGGAGAAGGCAGCUACUUGGUCCGGGAGAGUCAGAGAGCUAGAGGAAGCUACACCCUCGGUCUAAGAUUGCUUGGUGCAACGAAAAACUUCAGGCUAUACUUCGAUGGCCAACAUUAUGUCGCAGACAAACGCUUCGACACUGUGCACGACUUGGUGGCCGAUGGCCUCAUCACCAUGUACGUGGAGACGAAAGCGGCUGACUACAUCGGGCGCAUUGAGUUCGAGGAACCCAUCUAUGAUAAAUACUCCAAACAAGCUACGUUUAUGAGGCCGCAGGUGGGGAGUAAUGGCAGUACACCGCUCAGCAUGCCUCCUGAUUCGCCACCAGGCCCUCCCAUUGGACACCAAAUGGUUGAUGGUAGGAAUUUAAAACCAACUCAAGGUCCCAUUACUGUAGAAAAGGAUCAUGUCUUCAAGGUGCACACAUUUGUAGGUCUUAAUUGGUGUAUGUUCUGUGGUAACUUCCUAUGGGGUCUGAAGAGUCAAGGAGUUAAAUGUACAGAUUGUGGUCUUAGUACACACAAGCAAUGUUCAAAGAGAGUACCGAGAGAUUGUACACCUGACCUAAGACUGAUCAAGAGAAUUUAUAGUGUUGAUCUAACAACCUUAGCCAGAGCACACGGUGUUAAUACAUCAAUUGUAGUAGAGCGAUGUGUUGAGGAGAUCGAAAGCAGAGGUCUCGAGGUGGAAGGUUUAUAUAGGAUACCAGGCAUGCAAGAUGAUGUUGAGCUUAUCAGACAAAGAUUUGAUAAAGAUGGUAUGGUGGCACGCAUCGGAUCCAAAGAGUUUCCUGAUAUCAACGCUAUCUCAGGGGCCAUGAAGCUUUACCUCAGGGAGUUACCUAUUCCAUUGGUGCCGUUCAAGAUGUACCAUGCAUUCAUGGAAGCAACCAAAAAACAAAAUGUCCAUGAUAAAGUUGAUUCAUUCUGUAAUGCCUUAGAUGAGCUCUACCAAACAUUCCCUGCUCACUACCACACACUAAAGCUUCUUAUGGCUCACUUAGUCAGAGUGACCCAGUUACACGAAGUGAAUAAGAUGAAUAUAGAGAACCUUGGUAUCGUCUUUGGACCCACCCUUAUGAGACCGCCCUCUAACCAACCCGUCAUCGAUGACCUCUACAUGCUUCACUUCCAGAAGAAGAGUGUAGAGAUCAUGAUUGAAGAGUUCGACACCCUAUUCCAAAAGUAGAUGUCCAUCUUGAUGCCGAGAAGUGCAUUGAGACAUUGGUUUAGGAGUUUUACACCAUCUUCCAGAAGUAGAUAUCAAUAUUGAUGCUGAAGGGUGCAGAUGUUCCUUCUCAUCGGACAAUCACAAAGUUCCUUGUCAUUAGAGAAUUACAGCUCAAGUUAAAAAUCUAUUCGAUGUCAUGACUGACAACAAUGAAUCUGAUGACAACUUAGUGCAAAUACAUGAAAAGAGUGAUCUUAAUUUGUUAUAUCCUGACUGGGAUUCUACUUUCUGUUCUAGAAAACUGUUCAAGGCCUGUUUUCUGAGCUCUGGUUGUCUUGAACUCUGGUUAACUUCAAGUCUGGUUAUGUUCAGAGAUUGCUAGUCAAAUUUGACAAACCUAUCACAUCAAAAUUUUUUGAUCAAUCUGUCUUAUUUUGCAAUCUAAUCUGAAGAUUGAAAACUUCCAAAUGGUUUAAAUAUUUUGGCAGGUGCCAUUGUCUGGCAGUUGCAGUGCACUUCCAAAUUCAAUGCAAGGGGGGGGGGGUUAAUACCUCCCUCUAGUUUUUUUAAGCAGAGUUCAGAAUACAGUCCUCAGCCUCCAGAUGUUGAUAUAACAGAAGAUUAACUCUAAGUGGUCUCUGCUGGUGAUGCAAGGUGGCUUCUCCCAAACCAUCCUAUAUGUUUUAGGAUAUUGAAAUACUUCUUGGAGAGAUGCCAUAUCACACACGAUGGUGCAUCCAUUAUGAAGGUUGAUACAAAUCUUUUAGAGAAAUAAAAUUGUAUGCUGCUUUUAACCCUCUACUUAGUUUCUUUAGGUCACAAAUGUUAGUCACAAAUUUAAGGUCACACUAGACGCACUGAAAUGCACGCCCUAGUGCUAGUACAUGUAUAGUUAUCAUGUCUUCAAAGUUGAUUAGAUAUUGCAGCUCUUACAGAACAAGUUUUCAUGGAAAAAGGGGAAGAUUAUUAUACUGAUAGAUUUGGGAUAAUCGUUUACCUUUUGAAUAAUUUAAACUUAAUGAUGUGUCGUCAUGAAUGCCACAUACUUGCUUGUGGCUAGUAUAUAGCCUUUAAUCCUAUUAUUAGUCAAUGGAUAAACUUUAGGAAUUGGCAUGGUAUGAUGGAAAAUAGCAACAUUUUGAUGAGAGUGUUGAGACAUUUUUGAACAAAACCCUACAUUUAUGCUAAUAAAUAUUCCUGGUAUGCAUCAAUUUUUUUUUGAUUAUAGGCAUUAUGAAAAAACUGCCAUUCCAGUCAUAUCUACAGUCCUUUAGGUCACACAGGAAUGUCCAUAUCUUUAUAAGCCAAGACAUUUAUUUUUUUUCAAGGAAACCAUCAUGACCUCUUCUGGCAGACAUAGUCUCUGUGUGUCACAUGCCACUGCACUGUAAAAAUCAACCAUUGUUGAUUAUACAUUAGGAAGAGAUAUGGUUAUGCAUCUCAUUUGGUCAGAAACAAAUUUGUCUACUUUUGACAAAGUUAAUUGAUCCCUUUAAUAUUUCAUCUCAUGUAAGAUCAACUCCAAUGAACAGUUGAAGCCUGCAGAGGGUGUUGAUACUUGUGAAUGGUUUUGAGGUUUAAUCUUAAAAGUCUAUCCUAUGCAAACGCUGCAGCCUCAUAACUCAGAAACUUGUGCUUCCUUCAUCGAUGCAUAUUCAUCUUUGAAAAAAAAAUAUUUGAAAGAAAAAGUUCUUUUGGUAUGAGCCAAUAGAUAUGAUUAUGUACCAUGUGGUAUGCUAAAGAAAUGUAAUCAAUUUUUAUUUCAUCAGACAAUUUCUACUUCUUUGAUUGAAUUUGACUUCUGUGAUAUAUUUUAAAGGAAUAUCAUCAGAUUUCUCAUAGGUUAUAGUGAGAUGAUAAAGGCAUUGUAGCUAAUUACAGACAUUAUUUAUUUUGGAAAGAUGUUUGUUGCACAAAUUUGAGUGAUUUCCAUUUAGUUGAUCUCAGUUUUCUGAACUAAAUUCAUAGCUCUUGAGCUUUUAGAUUCUCAUUCCAAAUGUAGUUUUUACCUUUCCAGCAAUUUUUACCAAGUGUGUUUCUUUUUUUUUACUGUUCCCUAGGUGCUUAUUUGGACAAUUCAUCUUUGUACCUCUAUUUAUUUAUACAUUUUUGACAAAUCUCUGCUCCGAUGUUAUUGCAUCUAUUUUGGUGUUUCUUAGCAAUCUUCAUUUACCUGCAUGUAAAUGUGAUGCCUACGGGAAAUCGUGCAAAAGACAUCGAUUCUUAAUCAAGAUUAAAAAUAAUCUCGGUUCAGAAUCAAUGCAAUCAUAGAUUUAUGUCUUCACCGUAGUCAGGAAUAGCAUGCAUACAAUCUUUAAACUUGUCUGUCUGGUGUGAUGUCAUGUGUCAAUGUUUCCUAAGUCUUUAUCUACAUAAGUAUCAAAUAAGAUUAAUCAUCUGUCCAUUUUGAACCAGGAACAGUUUGUGUCUUUUGGUUGAAGGUGCGUUGUUGACACCCUGCUAUGUUAAAGGUGUAAUAACUCAGUGUUCAAGCAUUUUUAGUUAAUAACACCUUACUGUGAUAGAUAUUGUGUGAGGUAUCGGUGUUGAAGAUGCGAGCGAGUGUAUGAACACCAAAGUUGGUUAACACUGUACAGUGUUGAAGGUGUCAACCAAAGAUUCAUGUUGUGUAACACUGGUGUUUAACGCUCUGUCUUCUCAUCACCACAAUAUACCUUCUCAUGCCUACCUGUACCUGUCUACAAAAGUUUAAGAUGCUUAGCCUUGAGCAUUUUAUGAAUUUUGGUGGAUAAACAGAGAGUUCAGGAGGCCGUUGCAGAAAGAAUUGCAAUCAAACUUUACUUGUUUUUCCAUCAAUCAAAGAGCAUGUUCAGGAAUUUUGCUUGAUUUUUUAGUUGUGAUAUAACAUAAUUAUUUCUGCAGAAGGACUUGUGAACUACUCACUUUUGCCCCUAAAUCCAUGCAAUGCAUUAGAUUGUAUUUCAAAAUUCUAUUUGGGAUGCACCCAUUUAUGCUUUAUGAUCACACAAUACCUUUCCUUUAUUUCUUCUUUCGAUGGACACUAAAGAAAAUCUUCCAAAAGUUGAAGAUGUGUUGAAUAUCCAUUCUGUAUAAAAGAAAUGGAGCCAAAUGUUGAUAGAAUCUUGAUGAUAUAUAAAUGUGUAUGUAUAAUUGUUAUUUUUGGUAUAUAAUAUAUAAAUAUAAAAAUGAAAUAUAUAUAUAUUUAGAAAAAGACUGCACAUCAUGUUGCAGUAUAUUAUAAUGAAAAGAGCAAGGUAAUUUUUUUACAUUGGUGUUCUUCAAUGCAAUGCUACAAAGAUUUGUCUUCGAAGAGAAGAACGCGUUCGUAUGCUGUUAUGUAAUAUACUGAUCUGUCUGCAUAUGCAUAAUUUUUUCUCAGCACUCUGAGAAUAUGGCCAGAACGAAUUUAUCAACCUAUGUAUGUAUUAUAAUGUUUUAGACUAAUGUCAUGUUAACACGUUGUUUUUUCCUUUCUGUUUUUCACUUUAUUGUCUUGCCACUGUAUUUAUAGCAAGUUUCCAUGUCAGCUAGUAUGUUUUGGAGAUUUCUUUGUUUUGUUGAAAGAACAAGAGUUCAUAAAAUCUACAUGUGAGUAACUUGGGAAUUGUUGUUCGCUUUGACCACUAUAUACAUGUUUUAGAACUCGAUGUAGAACGGUGAUAAUUUCACAAACUGAUCAAUCAUUUUUCUCUGGUUUCUGGUAAAGUUGACAAAUAUUUCCAUUUAGCUAUUUUGGAAAUGACAGGGUAGAUUUCACAUGUGAAAUUUCUCUCAGUAUCAUCCAUGAAAAAAAACCCUCUGAAGUAAGAAAUGGACUGAAGACCAUUGAUUAAAAAAAAAGAUAAUUAGACUUAUCCUAUUAACUACUUAAUUUUCAUGUCUUUCCUAUUAUGUGAUUAUGUGUUAAGUGUUAAUGUGUUAUUGCCUUCCUCCUACAACAAUUACUUGUAUUUUUGGCUGUGUUUGAUUAGGAUUUCUUAUUAUGAAUUGAAGCAUGUAAGAUUUUACCUCAUUUUUCUUUUUCAUUUUUAGAUUUCAGAACAAGUUGUGUUCUUUGUGUACAUACAUAUAUGUACCAGAUAAGUGCUAUUUCUUAACAUUUUCCAAGACAGUGCAAAAAAUAUAUAUGUAACAUUUUAGGCAUGGGUACCACCUAAUUGUUCCUGUGUAUACAUAUUGAUUUCAGGUAAUUUUAAGAUGUGUUUAGCUGCACGCUAAUAUGGCAUCAACAGUAAAUCUUAACCAUUAUUACACAGGUGUUGGUUUUUUGUGUUUGUCCUAACACCUUGCAUCCAAAAUCUUGUUUUAUCUAAUCAUUCACAUUUAAUCCUGAAAUUUCUUCCAAAGAAAUGAUAAAAAGUGCUCUUUUCCCUAUUACAAUCAACGAAUUAUUCUUUAAAUAAACAAUCUUAAGAUGUAUUAUCUUUUUUUCUGUAUAUGAUUGGUGUAAAUUUACAAAAGCAUUGGACUGAGUUAUUCUGUCUCUAUCUCUCUAAA